GCUAAGGGAAGUGACGACACCGACGUACAACAGAUUGCUGAACGACGAGAAGUCGCAUAUUAACUAUGUGGAAAAAGCCAGACGCAGAGACAGUGGUAAAAGAACAUAGCAAAAAAAUACAAGGGCAACGUCUUCAAAAUCCAUCUUCAUCUUCGGGAAAAGCAAUUCGGGAUGAUAUUGAAAAUAGCAAGAGCAUAAACUACACACGUUAACCUUCAAAACAAACCCAGUAUUAUGAUUUUAUGACAUUAGGAUUGUUUUAAAAAGAGAGGUGAAAGAUAGUUUGUUGGAUUGUAGCUAGGGACAGUGUUACUAUAUCCGGAUAGAUAGACUACGGGAAGCAGAAAGAAGAGAGAGAAAAAUAAACCGUUUCUGGAAAUAAUUUUGCCUUUAAAAAAUAUAUUUGGACUAAAACUUUUUGGGACUUUUGCCUCCAACAUUUUUUUUGUGGAUUUUGAGCUAGCUUGCUAGCUGUAAAUUGUCAAUCAUGGAAUUGAGAGUGGGAAACCGAUACAGACUGGGCAGAAAAAUUGGAAGUGGUUCGUUUGGAGAUAUUUAUUUGGGUACUGAUAUCUCGGUAGGAGAGGAGGUGGCCAUCAAGCUAGAGUGUGUGAAGACCAAGCACCCGCAGCUCCACAUCGAGAGCAAGAUCUACAAGAUGAUGCAGGGAGGAGUGGGUAUCCCAACGAUAAAGUGGUGUGGGGCGGAGGGCGACUACAACGUGAUGGUGAUGGAGCUGUUAGGACCCAGUCUGGAGGACCUGUUCAACUUCUGCUCCCGCAAGUUCUCCCUCAAGACUGUCCUGCUGCUGGCUGACCAGAUGAUCAGCCGUAUAGAGUACAUCCACUCUAAGAACUUCAUCCACAGAGACGUGAAGCCAGACAACUUCCUGAUGGGCCUGGGCAAGAAGGGCAACCUGGUGUACAUCAUCGACUUUGGCCUGGCCAAGAAGUACCGCGACGCCCGCACACACCAGCACAUCCCCUACCGCGAGAACAAGAACCUGACCGGCACCGCGCGCUACGCAUCCAUCAACACACACCUGGGAAUCGAGCAGUCUCGUCGUGAUGACCUGGAGUCUCUUGGCUAUGUCCUGAUGUACUUCAACCUGGGCAGUCUGCCCUGGCAGGGCCUGAAGGCUGCCACCAAGAGACAGAAGUACGAACGCAUCAGUGAGAAAAAGAUGUCUACCCCCAUCGAGGUCCUCUGUAAAGGAUAUCCAUCGGAGUUUGCCACGUACCUGAACUUCUGCCGUUCUCUGCGGUUCGAUGACAAGCCCGACUACUCGUACCUCAGACAGCUGUUCAGGAACCUGUUCCACAGACAGGGCUUCUCCUACGACUACGUCUUCGACUGGAACAUGCUCAAGUUUGGCGCCAACAGGGCAGCGGAGGAUGCAGAGAGGGAGAGGAGAGCUGGUGAGGACAGACUGAGACAGGGACAGGCCAGGGCCCCUGCAGGGGCCAGGGGGAUCCCCUCCGCCUCCGGACGACCCAGAGGAGCACAGGACGCAGCCGCACCCGCACCCCUUACCCCCACCUCACACACAGGUAUGGAGCGAGAGAGGAAGGUCAGCAUGCGUCUUCACCGUGGAGCUCCUGUCAACAUCUCCUCCUCAGACCUGACUGGACGACAGGACUCACGCAUGUCCACCUCACAGGCUCUCUCUCGUGUCACCCCCAGUGGCCUCCAGUCAGCAGCCCCUCGAUGAGUCCCUCUGCCCCCAUCACCACCCUGGAGGGUUAAACCAUGCACGGCCCUAACCAUACCACACACCAACACACACACCAUACCACACACCAACACACACACCAUACCACACACCAACACACACUUCAAUACCUGGAGGACGCUUACUGAAACAACCAGUCAACCCAUCAGAUGCCUGGACUCUUACACAAUCAACCAAUCAAAAGGCAGGACAAGGACCUCGUCAUCCGCUAGCAACUCCAUCCAUCCAACCAGCCAAUCAAAACACACAGACUGAUGCUCUGCCUCUUUGACAUCAGCUGAUCUCUGCUAAGUAACAAGCUCAUGCUGUUGUAACAGGGUGGAUGACACACACACUCUCUCACACACACACACACACACACACACUCUCUCUCUCUCUCACACACACACACACACACACGACUCAGAGAGCGUUCAGCCGUGCUCAUCGGGGAUGGAAGAGGAGGAGAUGAGACGGGGAUGGAGGAGGAGGAGGAGAAACAAGAGAGGGGGGAAGGAGGGAUUUUGUUGCCCCUGGCACACCCAGAACAGUCACUGCCCCCCCACCCCUCUGCUUUUGUGAACCCCAGCGAGGACACUGACAUGGGGCACACAGACCUGCUUAACGCCCCUUACACACCUCAUCCUCCAUCACUUCUCUCCUUCUCUCUCCUACUCCAUCACUUCUCUCCCUCUCCUCCAUCACUUCUCUCCCUCUCUCCUCCUCCAUCACUUCUCUCCUUCUCUCUCCUCCUCCAUCACUUCUCUCUCCUCCUCCAUCACUUCUCUCUCCUACUCCAUCACUUCUGAUGGACCAGAUGCCCCUCCCAGCCAGACAGUUCUCCUCCAGAGUUGCUGUCCUGAUAAAAACCAUCAGCUUGUUUCUCUUUCCUGUUGUUUUUUUUUACUUUAUUUACUUGACUUUUCCUCUGUUUGUAUUUUAGGUGAAGUUGAUUAAAAGUUGUUUGUACUGGCAGUGUUCUGUUCUGACUACACUGGCUGUGUGUGUUGCUGUUUUUACACGGUUGCCGAAUAUCAACGGACUCAUGCCAAUCAUAAAUCGUGUCUUAAGUGAAAAGUCAAGUGUGUUUUCUGUUUUUAAAGAGAGACGAUGGAAGUCAUAUUGAAUGAAUAACCCCUAAUUGAAACUCUGAAGGUCAUGUGAGAGAGGUCUUGUUUGUGCAGCGGGAGAUGGUCUGGGUUCCAUUUUCGUGUCCUCAAAAGACUCUCUUAAUCCCCACAAUGCAAUGCCGAGAAAGAGAGUACUAUUCUCCAACUGGACAGCGGGUUUGUUUAGAGGGUCCCAAACACCACCCUACUCCCUACUGGGCUCUGGUCCAUUCUAUUGGUCACAUACACGUGUUCAGCCGAUGUGGGUGGAGCUACAUGCUUGUGGACUGAAUAGGGGAUAGGGUGCUGUUGGAGACGUGUCCCUCUCUGUUGUUUUUAAAGGGGACUGGGAGAAAGCAAAUCCUCUACUGUUCUGAAGCUUAUAGUGACUGUGUGUGUGUGUGACAGUUUUAAAUAAGGACUGGUUGUUUGUCCAUAGUGAUGGGAUGGGGUGGGGUGGGGGGGGGGUUGCUGAUGUCUUCUCUGCUAGUCAGUCUGUUUCUCCAUCACCUCGUCUCUCUUCAGCCUCCUCUUCCUCUUCUGCUGUUGGUGUCCUGGGGCUGAAAGCUGUGAAUCACCCGUCUCCACACUCAUGUAGCAGUUAUUUUUGUUGGUGAACUUGUUGGUCAGUUAAAUGUGUGUUGGGGGGGGGGGGGGGGGUCUGCUUUAAAAUGCCUAUUUCAACCUAUGCUUUCAAUCCACCACAAUCUCAAACUUUUUAUUUUUUAUUUUGUUAUCAAUCAAUAUUUUAAAAUGUUUUUACCGUAAUGAAACUACGUUUCUGAGAAAAAAAGUGAUCUGAUAAUUGCCAGAGGGCAAAGUUCGGUUUGGUGGAUGUACAGGAGACUAUCGACCAAUGCUACGUUUCUCUCUCUUCUGGUUGUCCUAUUGGUUAGUUCAGGACGAGGGCCAACCCACUGGUCACAUCAUUCAGUGUAGUACUGCCUCAGGGUGUUGUAGGCCUUUUCUGUAGUCUGGGAUAAAGGGGGUUUAGUGGUAGCCUGUUCCUGGAUCAGUUUGUGCUGACUUGUCAACUUUAUCACUCAGUGCAUUAUAAUGAGUGACAAGGAGUUGGCAAGAGAGUCCAACCAGAUCUGAGACCAGACUAGUUUAGUGCGUCUGUCUUCUGUUGUCAUGUAUAUAGGAUGUACCUAGUACUCAACGGUGAAAUAUCAUGUCUGCAUUAGGAGCUGGUAGCAGUUCCAGGAUCAGAUGUAUUUGUUUUCCUCCUAAUGGUUAAGGUUAGGAGUUAGUUGGAUAACCUGAUCCUAGAUCUGUGGUUAGGGUUAAGUUCUACCUCCAGCUCUGUAUUAGCCACUGUGUGUAGUAUGAUGAUGAUGAUGAUGAAGGUAGUGUAUGGGGGGGGGGGGGGGGGGGUUGAAUGCUUCACUCCAUUGUAGUUUUGGGUAAGUUAGUUUUAAACCCUCGAACCGACCGGCUGAUGGUCUCAAAAAAAAAGAACCUCCCACCUCAUUCUCUUCAGUGUGGGAUUGUGGGUAAUGACGAUCAAGGUACACUUGUGUUAAGUACAGUUCUUUACGUGGGAUCUCUCGUUUCUCUCUGGGUAUGUCAUGUCUUUCCCUUCUCUCUCUUUUUAUUUCCUUCUUGUUUUGUGUUUGCAUAUCUACGUGGGGACGGACUACGGAAACCUUGCGUUGGUUCCCACAAUGCAUCACUCACUGAGUCAUGGGAAGUCUUGUCGUCAGUUUUGCUCAUCAUUUGUAAUGCCACUGUAUUUGUGUAUUUUAAAAUUGUGUAAAUAAAUGAAUAAGUCCUUGUA